CGACGCUUACUGGGCAUGCGUACACAGAUCAACCCGGAAGUGUAUCUAGUAAACAAUCCGCCGGACCACGAAACCUCACAGAUCAGAGUCCAGCUGCUUUCACCAUCAGUCCUCCCGGUUUACCGUCAGUCCGCCGCACCUACCGCCUCCGUAAUGUCCAAAAUCGAGAUGCUGAGGCUGCUCAUCAACCAGCGGCUCACGGCGGCCGCGGAGGAGAUUUUCGAGGUGUUCGGGAGGACCAUAGCGGAAUACGAGGAGGAGAUCUCCCGCUCCAGGCUGGAGAUCGACCGCCAGCGCCGACUGCUGGACCUAUCGAGGCAGCCGCGGAUCUCCCUGCAGGUCGACGGCUCAGCGAUCUCCGAGCAGCAGGACUGGAGCUCCAGCGUGGAAAUUAACGACGAGCAUUCGGCUCUCAUCAAAGAGGAGGACGACGAGGAUGUGUGGUCGGAUCAGCAGGAGGACACGCCCCAGACGUCGGAGCACAAUGACGUCAACUUCGUGUUGUUCCAGGGCGGCGGAGGCAGACAGCGGCAGGACAACGGCCACCGGAUAUCCUCGCCCCCGAAGUUCCCGAGUCAGGACCUGGAGGACUUGGAGCUGGACCCCCAGCCAGGCACCUCGGUCCAGCAGAGCUGCUCCGACCUCAACGAAGACGAACCGGAAGAGUCGGAUCUGGCUGCAGGUAAUGGCGACUGUGUCGAACUGGAGGUGCCGCUGCCCGAGGUGGUGGACUCGUACAUUUGCACCAUUUGCGGUCGGGCGUUCGCUCAGCGUGGUCACUGGGCCAAACACGUGCAGGUUCACCGCAAACUCGAGACCAAAGUGGACAAGUCAUACACGUGCGACAUUUGCGGGAAAAGGCUGACGCGGUUCGACGGUUACCAGAAACACCUGAGGAUCCACACGGGUGAGAAGCCGUACAGUUGUGAUGAGUGCGGCCGCAGGUUCAGCGACAACUCUAACUACAAACGACACAUUCGCACACACAAAGUGCAAAAAGCACAACAGAGCUGAGGACGGACUCACACUGACGUCUCACUGAGCACCAAAAAACAGCCAAGACGAGGCUAAAAAUUCAGAUUUUUAUUACCUUUUUAAGCUAAACCCUUUCCAAAAAGCAGAUUAUGUUAAAACAUUCUACAUCCUGGUUUUUAAAGGAGUCCUGGUUUUACUUAAAGUUUGCUCUACUGUAACACGGACGGAUCAGAAGAGGAAGAAGCAGCCAAACGUUUUGUUCCUCAGCUGCCGCUGAACUCAAAGUUUUAGAGCAUUUUAUCGCCGUGGACCAAUAACUGGAGGCAAAACUUUAGACAUGAGCGGAUUUUUCGUAUUUAUCCAAGGAUCAAGAUGGGAAGAAAGAGACAAAUGCAGUAUUUUUCUAUCUUAUAUAUUUUAACAGACAUUUCUACACUGGAGGAAACAGGAGUUGCAGUUUACGGUUUUACAGUUCGCUGGAAGAUCUUUUUAUUUUCCAUCGAUGGCAGCAAAGCAGUGCGCAAAGCGUUUUGCUAGAUGCAAAAUUUGAAUACUAUGGAAACAUACAAGUUUGGAGUUUGUAUUUGGUAUGUUGGGAACCUUUGAAUCCCAUUCAGGUUGUCGACUCAGAUCAGCAAAUCAAUAUUGCUUUAACAACAGCUGUAUGACAUUUACUAAAGUAAUAAAAUCUCAUUACUUUAAAACUCAACUUCAUGUUUGUCCCAUUGAUUCAACUGAACCAAAUUCAAACAUUUUAUAGCAAAUGUUUAUAUUCUCACAUCUGUACAACAAUCUCACACUGAGACAAAUUUUACUCUAACAGUUUUCUAUGGAUAUUAUAAUGUAUGUUUUAAAUACUGAAGCCUCCGGUGAAGAUGUUAUGUUUCCCCUGAUGAAACAAACUGCAGCUGACAGCUUUGUCGUCAGCUCUUUUGUUUCUGCUGCACAGAAUAUGAUGUCAGCGCUUUAUCCAGUUUGCAGCACCACAGUCAUCAAGGUUGUCCUAAAGUCACCCUUGCUGUUAUUUACAUGGCACAUUUUACAAAGUGGUUUUCAUUGGAUAGAAACAAGAAAAAUGUUACAAAUGGACCUAACAAAAUUAAAUAUUAAAGUUCAGACCCUACAAUAUUAUGCGCAAUCCAGAUUUACCUGAAUGAAUUUUAAGAUUAAGACUCUACAAUAUUUUUUGUACAAAUUUACCUAACUUAAAUAUUAACAUAAUGACCCUACAAUAUUAUGAGUCAUACAGUUGUAUGCACUGUUCCCUCUAAGCUGCGCGCGUGCGCAAUUGCGCACUGCUGACACGGUCUCCGCACAGAAAAUCUGCGCUGCGCACACAAAAAAAAUCCAACCUAAAUUGUAAAUAAAAUAAACAUGUAACAAUUCAUUCUGUGCUAUUUUUCAGUGUGAGUCAGUGAGUGACCGGUGACUGGCUGCUGCAGCCAAUGAUGCGAUUCACAUAUGUAUUUACCAUAGACUGUAUAUAAUGGUAUUUACGCAGCUAAUCAACGUCAGGCGUCCUUAUGUGCAGCCACAGUUGUUCUCAUAGAUAUGAAUGAGUAGAUAGGACACGCCCCUUUGAGCUGCGUGCUAUGGCGAGGCUAAGCUAGUGGGGGAAAAGUUUCAGUGCAUUCCGUUGAUGUAGACGGCGUGAAAACGGAAACAACAAGUAUGCCGGCUCACUGUGCUGCAUAUAGUUACACACUACGUCGUACGAUUGAGACAAGGAAACUUGGAAUGACUUUUCAUAGGUUUCCCAGAGACUAUGGGUUGAGGAGAAAGUGGAAGUUUGUCGGCUUAGACCUGGUGUCAUUCCAUCAGUGUUAAACUUCCCGGCUCAUCUUGGAAGAGUACGUGCCAGAAAGACCACGACCAAGCAGCCUUGAGAUCUUAGGCAGCGUCUCCCUCAGGUCCCUCUCUAUCUCCCCACACAUCCACCAACCACUGGAACACAUCUCCAAAGUUCUGCUGGACCAGCUCAGCUUCCCCUCAGAAGAAGUGCUGCCACCUGCCAGAUGAAGGAGCCUUUUGAGAGGCAGCUGGCAUCGUGAUUGGACUGUACUUUGGUCUGUUCCAGUCCAGCUUCAGCUCCAGAGACGGCAGGCGGGACGAGUCAACGGAGGCCAGGUGGACGAAGGCAUGCAGCUGAGUACAAUCCAGAAAACAACAGAGGAGGAGUGCAGCGACCCAGAGCCAGAACAGAGUAGCAUCGUAUGUCUCUUAGAAAACAUCAUAGUAUAGCCUUUGGGAUGAAAAAACGCCAUCAUAUACAUUGUAUAUUGUACAUAUAACAAGUCAAAGGAAAGAGACAUACAUUGUAGAAUUGUAGUAAUUGUGGGCUGACUGAUUUACUGAUUAUCAGUAUUUUAUUUUUUACUGAUUUAUGGUAAUAAAUACAUUUAAAAAUGGUGCUA